GGUUCCGGGCUCCGGCUCUAGGCCCGUGUCGGCCUCCGCGGUUUCCGCGCCGGCCUGGUAUGUACAGAUGGCUGCUUAGUGUCCUCCACUCCGUCUUCCGGAGGCCGCGCGACUGCCCCGAGCCCGCAGCGCAGCCCCUGCUCAAGAGGCGGCUCUCGGACAGAACUCCAGCCACUGAUGAAAUACAAGCCAAAAGACCACGAUUAGAUCGCUUGAUUCACCGAGUCAAGAAGAGCAUCUGGGAUAUCACCAACUUAUUUGGCGCUCCGGACCCCCUCGGCCCAAGGAGCCCAGAGGCUAGUGGCUGCAAUGGCGCACACACUGGGAGCUCUCCCACAGAGGUAUUUCCCAAACGUUCAUCUAAUAAAUUGACCAAAUCUGGACCCUGGAGAGAUGUGCUUGCAUCAGGUAAAAAAGCACUUAAUGGAGCAAGUAAACAUUCAAAUAAAGUGAGUCGAGAUCAACCACGCCACGGCCUCGUUAUGCCUUCCUUUAGUUUUCCUCGUAACCAGGAAGUUCAUAACAAAAGAAUGAAUGGCCGUCACUGUGUCAAGUCUACCCCAGACAGUUCUCUAGCCUGGAAACAGCCCGUUCAGGACCGGAACCUUUCGGAGGGACCCCCUGCAGAAACUAGCAGGGCUCUGAGGAGAGCACGCUGUGCUGUGGAAGAGGGUUUUCAGAGAGAGGAGAGAGAGAAGUAUCAAAGGCUGUUGCAGCGAAUUAAAGAAGGAUGCCAUGGAAACUGUCACGGUUCUCAACGAAGUCAUGUGGAAGCAGUAAGGAGUGGUGGCUGGGGGGAAGACCAUCACCUGGAGAUGAGAGCAGGUCAGCUUGUUCCAAAGCAAUACAGAGUUACUGAAUCAUGGGGACCUGUUCGUGUUAUGAGAAAUGAGAGGAGGCAUCAUAAGGCAAAAAUUCCAGAACCUGAAAAGACAGUUGAACAAAAAUCAGAAAAUGAAAGUGCAAAGGAGCGGCAGCGAGAGCCUGAUCUCUCAGAGGAAGUGUCUGCCAGACUUCGCUUGGGCAGUGCCAAUACCACUGUGUUUAAGCAGAGACACUCUGGGCUCGAGAUGAAAGAACAGCCCAGCUCAGGCAAAGAGAAGGAACCCGAGGAGCCCCCUGAGCCCCCCGAGCUCACCGAGGAUAUGGAGAAAGAGAUUAACAGUGCCCUCGGCUGUGGCCCCCAAGACGAGAUCCUAAGCAGCGCUUUCAAAUUAAGAAUCACUCGUGGGGACAUACACACCUUGAAGAAUUAUAACUGGCUCAACGAUGAGAUUAUUAAUUUUUACAUGAAUCUUCUGGUGGAGAGAAAUAAAAAGCAAGGCUUGCCAAUGCUUCAUGCAUUUAGCACGUUCUUCUUCCCCAAACUGAGUACUGGUGGUUACCAAGCAGUGAAAAGAUGGACCAAAGGGGUGGACCUCUUUGAACAAGAGCUUAUAUUGGUGCCCAUUCACCGCAGGAUACACUGGAGCUUGGUGGUGAUAGAUGUGAGGAAAAAGACUAUUAGGUACUUGGAUUCCAUGGGACAAAAGGGCCACCGAAUCUGUAGCCUGAUGCUCCGAUAUCUACAAGAUGAAAGCAAGACCAAAAGAAACAAAGAGCUGGAUCCUGCGGAAUGGACUCUGGAAAGCGUGAAGGCCUAUGAGAUUCCUCAGCAAUUAAAUGGAAGCGAUUGUGGAAUGUUUACUUGUAAAUAUGCAGAUUAUCUCUCUCAGGACAAGCCCAUCACUUUUACACAGAAUGAGAUGCCUCACUUCCGGAAGAGGAUGGUGUGGGAAAUCCUUCAUCAGCAGCUGCUCUGAGAACCCCUCUCUUGUUCCCUGCAGCUGCUCGGGACACUCCCCAGAUGGUUCCAUUGACCUCAUGCCUCAUGAGUUAGAAAGUCCCAGCAUCGCUUCUGCUGCUUUGCAGGUACUGAGUGCAAGGCCUGCAUGGAGGCAUCUGGAGCCUCAGCCUGGGGGUACAGAAGACUGAGCUCCCGCCUGUAACUCUGUGCCCUCUUGCAGAAUCCUCUGCUGGGCAGUCCCUAUGAAAACAAACACUAAUUUAAUGUGUGGUUAAAGGACAUUUUUUUUUCUUCAAGAAUGUAGGAAAUGCAGGGUUUACUCUGUGUGUAUGUGUCUAUGUGUGUGUAAAUAUCUAUAUAUAGGGUGUGUGUGUGCGUGUGUGUAUUUGUGUUCAAGAACUGGGCAGAGGCUGUGCUUGCCCUCUCAAAUGAAACUCUAGAUUUACUUCUAUGAAUAUUUAUUUCUGAAAGGACUAUUCUUUGAGCCACUCCUUUUAGCUGGGUCCUGGUCUCAGAACCUUAGGAGAGGGGAGGGGUGGAAAUUUUAACUUAUACAACAAUGGCUGCUACCUUGGAGCUGGAGGGAACUGUCUUAGGGAGGACCAACAGAGGCAGACAGGUGGACGGAUGGACGGAUGUGCCUUGGCCUGAACCCCGGGGACUUGUGGGCCGGCAGGCAGGUCACUCCCGACAGAGCCAAGUGUGAUUGCAGUUGCUCUGUCUGUCUGUCCCAUCCCAUUCCAAACUCCUGCCUGCAUAGUCACUCCCUUUCAGAAUACUGACUUGAUUUUAUUAUGGAGACUUUGUUCCCCUUUUCUGGAAAGGAAGAGACCUGGUUUAGCUCCUGUAACUGGAUUUGUAAUGACUGUGAACCCACGAUUGUCACUGCUGUCUUCUUUCAGCUGAUUGGGGGAAAGUCCCCAAGUUAUAAGAGAUGGCACGAAUUGUUUAUUUCAAGAGAGACUAUCCAAGGUAAAGCUAUUUUUCUCCAAGUUUCUUUUUUCUAUAUAAAACUAAAAUUAAGUUUUGUACUUAUUUGGGUCUUUUUUUUUUUUUUCCUGAGCUGAAAUCUGUGAAAGAAGCCUAACAAGGCUGAGGUUGUUGCUGAAUAAUCUAUUUUACAUAUGAAAGUUUGUAUUUAACUUGUUUUUUUAAAUUUAAAAGCAUCCAGAUGUGCUGCUUCUACUUUCUGAAGAUUUGAAGGAAUAUUUGUUGGUAUAAGGAAAGAUCAAAUCCCAUUUUGCAGUAUCUAGUGCCUGGUAUGUGUCUUUCCCCAUGUAAUAAAAGGUUGUCUGGCCAACAGCCCUGGUAAAUCUAUGCCGAAAUUUUUUUUUUUUUUGUUUUGUUUUGUUUUGUUUUGUUUUUUUAAAUUCCCAGCCCAGCUUGCUUUGGCGCCUGGAGAUAGAUAGGAGGGGCCUAGUGUGACAAGAGGAUCAGCUCAGCUGCCUCUCCUGGUGGGCACAUGCUGGUUGUGACCUCUCUUCCCUGUGCCCUCCAGUGUGAGUGCAGGUGCACAGAGCUCCUAGGAAGGAAGAGAGGCCCUUUGGCAGGGGCUAGCUGAGCUGGUGGUGGCGGCGGCAGCUGGCGCCUGCCCAGUCCACACGCAGACUAGUUGGGGCGUGUUUUCUGGGUCUCCCGUUUCUCUAGGCACAGAUUGGGCACAUUUCCCCAUUUGGCUGUUCUUAAGCGUUGGGCCUGUCAGAAUUAUUAGCUCCAGGUCUCAACAACUCAAACCUUUUUAGCCCCAUUCUAAGCACAAAUGGGCUUUUAAAAUUUCUUUCUCCUAAAUAUAUUUUUAAAUGCUAAAUUUUAUUGAUGCUAUUUGUUCUAUCACAGCUAUUUCUGGAAACAGCCCCCCACCCCACCCCCAAAGAAUACAAACAGCUCUAAGCAAAGCCAACUCAGUGCCUGCGUCAGAUAGUGUAGAUACCAUGAGGUACCUGUGUCCCCUCCCCCCCCCCCCCCCCCCCCCCCGAAAGGGCAGGAGGCACGUCUCUGCAUCUGCUCUGGAACAGAAUGGAACGCAGAGCUGGGCACGCUGACUCAGCAUUGAACUUUGUAUUCCCUCGCUAAUGAUCUUGUCGUAGCCGUGUUUGUUGUCUGGUUCCUGCUUAUUUUGUGAUGUCUCAGUUCACAAUGAAUUCUUCAACAUUCA